ACAUGCCUCGAAUUCCUAUUCACUUGUUUUCAGCAAUGCCAGUGCAGAGGCUCCUCUGUUUCCCAGCCAUGCCUGCACCGUGGAGAGUCAUGCUGCUGUGGGUUUGUGUUUGCAUCUUUCUCCCAACUCAGGCCCAAGGAGCUCUGGUGGUUUCUCGCGGAGAUGAUCCGACACAGGAAACAAAAGAAGCUAUGGGCCCCAGGUCAAUAAAGAAACGAAGCACAAACCCUGCAAAUAUGGUGGAGGUGUACAGCGUGAGGGUGGACUGCACCGUGACGUUACGUUUCGCCCACACCGUCAUGACCUCCAAGGCUCUGAACAGAGCUAACUCCUCCCAGGAAAUCUUCUUCGAGGUGGACCUGCCCAAAACCGCCUUCAUCGCCAACUUCAGCAUGGAAAUCGACGGUCAGAUGUACGUUGGAGAUGUAAAGGAGAAAGAGAAAGCUAAGAAACAAUAUGAGAAGGCUGUUUCCUCUGGACAGACUGCUGGACUGGUGAAGGCUUCUGGACGAAAGAUGGAGAAGUUUUCAGUCUCUGUCAAUAUCGCCGCCAACAGCAGCGUGACUUUCGUUCUGACCUACGAGGAGCUCCUUCAGAGGAAACUGGGCCAGUAUGAGAUUCUGACCCGAGUUAAACCGGAGCAACCGGUGCAGGACUUCCAGAUUGUGACAAACAUCUAUGAGCCUCAGGGUAUUGCUUUUGUUGAGACCACUGCGACCUUCCUCUCCAACGAGCUGCUCCCCCUGGUGAAGAAAACCGUCACAGACACAAAGGCACACAUCUCUUUCUCUCCAACACUGGAUCAGCAGAGGAAAUGUCCAGGAUGUGAAGGCACUAUCAUUGAAGGAGAUUUCAUCAUCAAGUACGAUGUGAAACGAAAAAAGGGCCUCGGGGAAGUUCAGAUUGUGAACGGAUACUUUGUGCACUUCUUCGCUCCUCCUGACCUGCCCAGAGUCCCAAAGAAUGUGGUGUUUGUGAUUGACAGGAGUGGAUCAAUGAGUGGACAAAAGAUGCGUCAGACCCGCGAUGCACUGGUUGCCAUUCUGAAAGACCUCCACGAAGAGGACCACUUUGCUCUUAUCCUGUUUGACAAUCAAAUUAUCACCUGGAAGAACUAUCUUACCAAAGCUACACAGACAAAUGUGACUGAAGCCAUUGCCUACGUCAAGAAGAUAAGAGACAAUGGAUCCACCAAUAUCAAUGGCGCUGUACUGAGGGCAGUGAAAAUGCUGGAGAAAGAAAGAAAAGAUAUGAACCUGCCAGAAAGGAGUACAGAUAUGAUUAUUUUACUGACUGACGGGAUGCCCAACAGCGGGGAGUCAAGGCUUCCACAGAUUCAGGAGAAUGUGCGCUUUGCUAUCAACGGGAAGAUGUCUAUGUUCUGUCUUGGAUUCGGAAAUGAUGUGGUAUACUCCUUCCUGGAUGUAAUGAGCAAACAAAACAAGGGAGUAGCCCGCAGGAUCUAUGAGGGUUCGGAUGCAGCCGUACAACUCCAGGGUUUCUAUGAUGAGGUGGCCAACCCUCUGCUCUUGGAGGUGGACCUGCGUUAUCCUGAGAACGCAGUGGACUCCCUGACGACUAACCACUACAGCCAGCUGUUUAACGGCUCAGAGAUCGUGGUGGCGGGUCGACUGACCGACAACGACCUGGACAACUUCAUGGUGGAAGUGUUCGCUCAGGGGUCCGAAGAAGACUUUCAGGAACAGGGAAAGGCCAGUGAGAUCAAUUUAGAUCUGAUCUACCCUGAGCAAGAGUACAUCUUUGGGAAUUUCUCUGAGCGUCUGUGGGCCUACCUCACCAUCCAGCAGCUCCUCGAGAACAGUGACAUUGGUACUGAGCAGGAGAAAGGCAAUGGGACUGCCAAGGCCCUGGACAUGUCUGUGCAAUACAGCUUCGUCACCCCUCUCACCUCCAUGGUGGUCACUAAGCCUGACACUGAGGAUGGACCAGACAGCCCUCUCAUCGCUGACAAACUGACUGAGGACCAGCGACAGAAAGCAGAAAAACACACAGGUUCUUCGGCCAGUAGGAGACAACACCAUAGUCCUAUCUUUGCCAAAUCAUUUAGUAGUGGCAGUAGUGGCGCUAGUGGCGCUAGUGGCGCUAGUGGCGCUAGUGGCGCUAGUGGCGCUAGUGGCGCUAGUGGCGCUAGUGGCGCUAGUGGCGGUAGUGGCGGUAGUGGUGGCAGUAGUGGUGCAAGUAGCAGUUCCCGUGGCAGCAGUUCCCGUGGCAGCAGUUCCCGUGGUAGCGGUUCCCGUGCCAGUGGUAGCAGUUCCCGUGCCAGCAGUGGUUUAUCACAAGCGGACGGGGAUCCUCACUUCAUGAUAGAGCUGCCAGACAGAGAUGAGGCUCUAUGCUUCAACAUCAACGACAAACCAGGAACCGUUUUCAACCUGGUCAGAGACCCAAUACCAGGCUUUGUGGUGAACGGCCAAAUUAUCGGCAGGAAGAAAAUUGAUCCGCAUGGUAAGAUCAAUACCUACUUUGGCCGUUUUGGUAUCAUCCACCAGAAGCUGGGCGUGAGGCUGGAGGUGAGCACGCAGGAAAUCUCAGUUUUCCACGAAGGCAAGCAGGUCAAGCUGCUGUGGUCCGAUACAACCUCUAUCAAAGAAACCAAUAUGGACCUCAGGUUAACUAAGAACUGCAGCCUGACAGUGACGCUGAAGCACUCGGUUAAAUUUGAGGUCAUUAGACACACAAAGGUUUGGAAGAAAUGCCACGACCAACAGGACUACCUGGGUUUCUACAACCUGGACAGUCACCACUUGUCUGAUUCGGUUCAUGGUUUGCUAGGUCAGUUCUACCAUGGCGUUGGGUUUGAGUUGACAGACCUGCAUCCACAUAAGAACAAGGAGAAAAUAGAUGCCACCAUGUAUGUGAAGGGACAAAUACUCAACGUAACCAGACACUGGCAGAAGGACUUCAGCAGGGAUGUGAAGAAUGGGAAAAGUAUUCCCUGCUGGUUUGCUAACAAUGAUGGAGCUGGCCUUAUUGAUGGAGAAGCCUCGGACUACGUUGUGUCAGGGCUUUUUCAAGGCUGAUUUUUGAAUGUAGAAAUGUUUUAAUCCCAGUAGCAAUGCACUGGGACCACAUUAUUAUUUGUGAGAGAUUGCAGGUUAUAGUGAGCCACAUUGAGUGUUCAUUUCAACAUUGCACACAUUCUGAAACAAACAUUAUAAAUCCCAGGAUCCUUACAGUCUUAUUUAAUGGCGAUACAAAAUAACAAUUAUGAUUCCUGAUCUCAUGAUGGACAUUGCUUCCCAAAAACGACAAUGUGAAUGACAAUUUGUGCACUCUGGUGCAACUAUAUUCUUGAUGUACUGCUGUCAGGUAUAUUAUGUUGCUUUCCAAUUUCCGGCUGUCAUAGAAUUAUACGUCUGCAUACUUCACAUACAAACCAUACCAUUGCCUUUAAACUGAAUGUACCUUAUCGCAUACACAUUUGUAUACAACUAUACACAACUUGAUUUCGCUUCGAAAAAGUUGAAACCUGUACACCGGUACGUUAAAAAACACAACCACAUUUUGUACUUUUCAACUCUAAUUUUUGCCAUAUCUGGGCUUUAUGCCAACUUUGCACCAUCACAGAUAAAUUAUCAUCUAUGGAUGUACUUCUUGUGAUAUUAUUAUUGAAAUUGUGCACAAACGUAUUUUAUCAUCUCUAAGAUUCAAAGGUAAAACCAACACAGCUGUUUCUGGCCACAGGUUGGUAUAUAUUUUUUUAGAUGUUACAGGGAAUUUUUGCUCUUUAAAUAAAAAAAUGUUGGGCCUAUGUUUUUUGUAUGUGAUGACAAUAAAUGUACAUGUACACCA